UUCCAAUUAUUCCAUGAUCUUCAAUAUUUGUUUUAUGCUUAACAUAUAUAUAUUGGACAUAUAUACAUGACGUGUGUGUAUGUAUAUAUAUAUAUAUUGUGUGCAUGUACGUGCAAACACAUACACGAAAAUCUAACGUGGCGCCGCCGGACGCUACGAUUCCUAAGCUGCCAAAUGUCGGUGGAUAUUCAGAAGCUCCACCUGCCGACGUUAUUUACGGCCGAGGCAACGAUGUUAGGAGUCUGACUCUAUCUCACUCUGGACAAUUAACAACGCCCAACGAUGUAUUCCGUUUAACCAUAGAAAGUCUAAUCUCGUAGGCGCGCUUGCUUACUCGUUCGUUCGUUCUUUCGUUUGUUCGUUCGUUCGUUCGUUCGUUCGUUCGUUCGUUCGCCGCGUCAGUCACACACAGCAUAUAUACACACGUACACAUACACAGAAAUAGUGCAACGAACGACAGCAAAGCAAGCUUAUACGCAUGUAUAUCUCCUGUCUCCUCUAUUACCGUGUUGUGUAGUGUGAGAUGAAACACGGUCGACAAGAGAAAGACGAAGAGAGAGAGAAAGAGAGAGGAGGGGGAGGGGAAGGGGUGAGACAUCGUAGUAUCACGUGCUGUUGACCUGCGAACUAGUACGUGCGGUUAUGUCGUAACUUUCACAAUAAGGCAUUUUCAUCGUGCGAUCGUGCUUAGUUUGCCUUAUUUUCAAUUCGUUUCAAUCUCAUAAGAAAGGGGAUAGGGGAAGGAAGAGAAACAAAAAAAAAAAAUAAACGGAAUCACAUUGUGCGCUUUUUUUUACGGAUUAUUAUUAUUCUUCUCUCGACGGACGUACACAUUUUUAUCGGAUAAAGGUUUUUCAAUCGGUAAUGAUACUUUUCUCUUUAUUAAGCCGCUAAAAUAAAAAGAACUGGCGCGAAAUUUAAAUAUAAGAAAUUGUGUACAAGAGAUGUGUAACUCUUUCGAAAUUUUCCAUUGAUAAUAAUAGUCGAGAAAGGAAUGUGAGUUAUCAAACGUGAACGAUUAGAAAGCGUUAUUUUUAUAAGCGUAUUAUCUGUGUUCUUCCUUGCGUGUAUUAUUCUGUGGUAUAUUAUACUUGUUGGUUUAUUAAGAGGAGGAAUCUAACAGUUAAAAGUUUCUUUCAUUAUGUCUCGUCGAAAAGCAAUGGCCGGCUCAGGUAUAUGACGCUUCAAAUAUAGGUAUGAUGACUCAUGGUUAGUUAUUUGGGACGGCUUUAAGAUGAUUUUAAGUUAAAUUAAACACGAAUAGUGUGUGGCGCAUCCGUCGUAAGAGGGGAAGAUCCUCUACGUAUAUACGAUCAAUCAGCGUCCCAAGGUUGCCAGCAGUGUUCCCCAUCUUGCCGGUCGAAACAACUUCUUUCUUUUAUAGUUAGCUUCAGGCUGAGAGCCAAGUAUCGUGCGCCGUCGUCGAGUUGCAUUGUAACGGUUCGACUACCGAGAGAUAUGCCAUAUAACAGGAAAAGUGUGUCAUCGGAACGUGAUCGUUAAUAAUAAUCUCGACGAUUCGACAAGAACGGAAAUCACGAUUUCAAAAGAAAACCAAAUUUAAGAUUGUUUUGUCGAAAUAUUAAAAAGGGUAUCGACUCGGACGCGUUUUUUUUUUCCUUAUCGUAAAAUAUAGUUUAAAAUUUAUUUUUUAUUUAGAAACAAAUAUAUAAUUGAUUUGAAUCUAGCAAGAUAAAAUUAUUAUCACGUCGUACAAUGUUUAUCGUUAAUCCGUUCAAUUAGAAUUUCCUAGCACGACGAGGUUUUACAAUAUUUAUAGACAGUAUGUAUUAUAUCAAAAGAUAAUAAAUGAACGUGUGUCAAUUCUCCCAUGGGAUGAUAAAAUGUUGCCGCUGCGACGUUUAAAGUGUGUUUUAGACAAGACAGUUUUACCGGUGUAACAGAAAGAAAAAGAGAGAGAGAGAAGAGAGAAAGAGAGAGAGAGAGAGUAGAAGAGUGUGGAGCGUUCGUCCUUGCACAGUGCCGACCCGACGAAGCAUAUAUCUAACCUCUCUCUCUCCUGAGAAUAGGGCGCGAACGUGCGCGCACAGCAAGCGAGCGUCGUAUACACAGAAAACCGCGUGGCGAGUCACGGCGCAAGUCGAAACAACGAGGCAACGCCGCGUGGCCGAUCAGCUGGUCGGCCGCCGGCACUACGAGAGUGGGGGAAAUCGCGCGCGACUGGGCUAAUGAGUGUGCGACCUAUUGCUGCUUCUUGGUGGUGGAGGAAGCUUCUCCUCGAACGAGAGCGCGAGCGCUCGCUCGCGCAUACAUACGAACACACACUCACUGGAAAGGGUGAGAGAGAGGGAAUAACUAAGCCGCACACCAACCAACCAACCAACCAACCAACCAGCCAGCCAGCCAGCCCCAGGAACGAUCUUGCGUUCUCUUCUCUACUGCUCUGUUGCCGACGCAACCUAGACGUUGGCUCGGCGUCGAUACUCGGUAAACAUCCCGGUAGCAGUUCCUCCUUUCAUCCGUUUUACCUUCUUCGCGAAAAGGCGAACAAUUGUUUCAAGAUGAGACGCGAAUAAUUUCCUCCUUUGUUCAGGGCUCAUUUCGUACAUGUCUGCUGGGUCACAAAUUCAGAUGGCACCCCAAUCAACCGUAAACUCUGGUCAGUCGGUUCAUAGUCAAGACUCGAACAUGAGUACCGGCUCUUCGCAUAGUGAUAAGGAGGUAGAUCCAAAUACUCCAGAAAAAAUACCAAGAACUCCUUCUGAAAGGAAAAGAAAACGUAAAGCUGAUGAUGGUGGUGGGGGGGUUCCAGGAGGGCCGGUGGGUAGCAAAGGAACUAGGUCUGUUGCUGCUUUAGACAACAAAAAAAUCAACGAAUAUUUUUCAAAGCACCAUCUUGGUAAUAGUCCUAUUCGACACGGAGGAGCUAAAAGUCCUUCUCCUCAGCAGGGAUAUCCUAUGUAUCCUCCAUCGCCUCAACAACCUUUUUCACCUCAAGUAACGACGCCUAAUUCCUCGGUGGCGGAAUUUUCGUCCUUGAUGCAACCACCAAGGCCUCAUCCUCAACCUCCACCUCUUCCACCACCGUCUUCGACGCAACCUGCAGGCUCGAUGGUCAGCAAGCAGGUGCAGGUAAGGCCUACCAACCUCAGUAGGACAAGCCAGGUCAGGCAAGCGAAGACUAACACCCCAAAUACAGAACUAACUUGCCAGAGGAUACAGGAAUUUGAAACUCAAGCCUCUUCGGAUUUAGAACUACGUAAUAACAAAAUUGAUGAAUUAAAUAGAACGACAGAUGAACUUAGGCAUCAAAUGGCUAAUCAACAAAAAAUUAUUGAGCAGCACAAAUCCCAUAUAAAUAAGUGUAUAGACGUUGUAAAGAAGUUAUUAAAAGAAAAAUCAAACAUAGAAAAAAAGGAGGCUAGGCAAAAGUGUAUGCAAAAUAGACUGAGGUUGGGACAAUUUGUGACACAGAGGGUAGGUGCGACGUUUCAAGAAAAUUGGACGGAUGGUUAUGCAUUUCAAGAAUUAGCUCGAAGACAAGAAGAAAUUGCAACCGAGCGAGAAGAGAUUGAUAGACAGAAGAAAUUGUUGCUUAAAAAGAGGCCAUCCAAUAGUGAAACAAGUAGGAAGCGUAGUCAGCCACAACCUUCUUUGCAUAAUGGAACUGAAGCUACAUUCUUAAAACCAGAUGCUGUACCUGGUUCUUAUACGUGGCAAGAGUAUUAUGAAGCCGAUGAAAUACUCAAGUUGCGGCAAAGUGCGUUGAAGAAAGAAGACGCAGAUUUGCAAUUAGAAAUGGAAAAAUUAGAAAGGGAACGAAAUUUACACAUCAGAGAGUUGAAGCGUAUUCAUAAUGAGGACCAAUCGCGAUUCAAUUCUCAUCCUGUAUUGAAUGAACGUUACCUUUUACUAAUGUUAUUGGGAAAGGGUGGCUUCAGUGAAGUGCAUAAGGCAUUUGACUUAAAAGAGCAACGGUAUGUCGCUUGUAAGGUGCAUCAAUUAAAUAAAGACUGGAAAGAAGAUAAAAAGGCUAAUUAUAUAAAGCACGCAUUACGGGAAUAUAACAUACAUAAAGCUCUUGAUCAUCCACGUGUUGUAAAAUUGUACGAUGUGUUUGAAAUUGAUGCCAAUUCCUUUUGUACUGUCUUGGAAUAUUGCGAUGGACAUGAUUUAGAUUUUUACCUUAAACAGCAUAAAACUAUACCAGAAAGGGAGGCAAGGUCGAUCGUCAUGCAAGUAGUAUCGGCAUUAAAAUAUCUUAAUGAAAUAAAACCACCGGUCAUACAUUACGAUCUAAAGCCAGGUAAUAUAUUACUCACAGAAGGUAAUGUCUGUGGAGAAAUAAAAAUUACUGACUUUGGAUUGAGUAAAGUUAUGGAUGAAGAAAAUUACAAUCCUGAUCAUGGUAUGGACCUUACAUCCCAGGGUGCUGGUACUUAUUGGUACCUUCCGCCCGAAUGUUUUGUCAUUGGAAAAAAUCCUCCCAAAAUAUCAUCAAAAGUUGAUGUAUGGAGCGUGGGGGUGAUAUUCUACCAAUGCCUUUAUGGUAAAAAGCCAUUUGGACACAACCAAUCGCAAGCUACAAUUUUAGAAGAAAAUACCAUACUGAAGGCGACUGAAGUUCAGUUUGCGAAUAAACCAACCGUUAGCAACGAAGCAAAGAGUUUCAUAAGAAGCUGCCUAGCGUAUAGGAAAGAAGAACGUAUAGAUGUACUGACACUAGCUAGACACGAAUACCUGCAACCUCCUGUGCCAAAACAUGGCCGUCAAGCGAACAGUCAGCAACAGCAGCAACAACAACAAAUUCAGCAACAGCAGCAGAGCUCCUUUACUGUUGGCAUGUUUAGUGGUAUGAACGCGUCGAGCAGUUCGUAGUGGAAAUGGACUAAAGACGAAUAUCUUCGAUAUGCUAUUACAUGCCAAAUCUUGAGCACUGAACUGCGCACCAUCUCAUCUUAGGAAAAUAACGAUCGCUAUAACCAAUUGUAAAUACUAAACCGGAUACUAUCACCAUCACUACCACCACUUUCACCGUCAUCACCACCAUUACCACUACCAUCACCACUACUACCAUCAUUACUACCACCACACCACCACCACCACCAUACCGCCACAACUAUACUUACAGGUCGUCUCAUAGGACAUUGCAAGAGAGAUGCGAGACUGGUCGUCGCAAGUCCAGAAGCUUGCGUCUUUCUACAAGCCACGCUACAUUAUUCAGCAUAACAAAAAUGUUGUGUUCGUAAAUAUUCAAUUGUAUUAUCGUUCCUUGUAUCAAAACAGUGGGCUGACUUGAUAAUAGUGUUUAAAAGAAUGGAAGGAAACGGAUAAACAUGUGAUAAGUCAUUGUGAAUUAAAAAGUGAAGUUUAAACUAAAGAGGAGAGUAAGCGAAAAGGAUAUAAGAUGAUGGAAUCCAGUGGAAGUGAUUUACUCGGUGAAAAAGGAAAGAGAAAGGGGAAAAAAAAAAGAAAACAGAGGGCAACGAAUGAUAAAAAUGCAGCGCGUCAAAAGAGUAAGAGACUGUGCUCUUGCGGAGACGUUCCUCUCUUCUGAAGUUACGUAUGCGUGAAUGAGUGUGAUGAAAGAUUGUUAAAUCUAGCGUGCGUGUAUAUAUUUAUACUAUAUAUAUAUAUACUAAUAAAUCCGAUAUAAUAUAUAUAUAUGGUGUAAAGAAAAAGGACAGCAUUGACAGUGGGAAGACAACUGUGGUGGCUCUAUCCUCGCAUGACCUCCGUGCAGUCAGGUAUUCCAUGAAUACUUGACUACACAUCAUGUUACUUUAUUCAAAUAUUAACAUUAUUACUUAUAUCAUGACUAAUAACAAUUAACAUACAUAAACACGAGGAGAUUUGGUUGGUUGUUCCUAUUCUGAAACGAGUGGGCUUUACCUAUACUGGAACGAUUAGUUUGAGAAUUAAAUGGAAAGAGUGGCGAUGCUCCCAAAGUAUAAAAACAAAAAAAAUCGUAUAGGAUCACGGUCCACCACUUGCACCCCCUCCCUUCACCUCCCGUUCAUAAAUAUAUUUUAAAUUGAGAAUUUUCUAACUCGCGGUUAAAAAACGUGUUUUUCCUUUCUAAUCGUGGACACAUCAACAUAUUAUUGCGGCCAUCUCCGUGCUAAAUCAAUUCGUAUUUAUCGGGCAUUAAAAUUUGUAAGGUAAGAAUCGUAAUAUUGUACCGACCUGAUCAUUAUUUCUUUACUCAUAAUUUGUUUUAUAUAUGUACGUUAUAUAGAGAUAAUUAUGAAAUAGAAGACUAAGUUAUUUUAUCAAGUGCCCUUGCUUUGUAUUAUAGUCGUGUCUGUCGACAAACUGCAGCUUUGGGGAGUAAUAGAAAGAAGUUGUUAAAAUGUUGUAAGUUGUUGGUACAAUGUGGGCACGGUAUUGAUGACACAAUACCAACGUGAUUGGCAAAGUAUGGUCAGAGGAGAAUACAUUACAAGUCUGAACAGAGUCUGCUACUAGA